AUGUUCUUCGCGCUGCUGUUCGUCUUCUUUCGGGUCCUUCAGAUCGUCACUCUGAUCCCCUGCAUGGGCAUGCUCGCCUGGUUCGUCGAUGGUUUCGUCAAGCAAAACGCUCUCACUCCCGACUCCAUCCUGAUCCUCUUCAUCGUCUCGGUGCUCGCACUUGCCUGGACCCUCUUCACCCUCUUCAGCUACCACCGGUCCUCCACCAACGCCCACUUUGUCGCUUUCGUCGACAUCCUCUUCUUCGGUGCCUUCAUCGCUGCCGUCUACUACCUGCGCUAUGUCCGCUACUCAGACUGUGUGAGCAUCCGCCGCGCUGAGGACUGGGAUGUCACCGUGGGCGAUGUCCGUGUCAUUGGACCCAGCUACAACCUUGUCAACGACAAGCCCUGCUCCAUGCUCAAGGCUUGCUGGGCCUUUGGCAUCAUGAACAUUAUCUUCUUCUUCACCACCGCUGUCGUCGCUUUUAUGCAUGGCGGCCACAUGAGCGCCUACGACCGCAGCCACAGCAGCCGCCGCUCCUACCACUCCAGCCGCCACAGCCACCGAAGCAGCCGAUCUCGCUCUGGCUCUCGCUACAGCGGCAGCCGCCCUCACUCUCGUCGUGUCUACGUCUAA